AUGGCCACCUCUGCCUCUUCCCUCUCUCUAUUCCUCCUCUCCCUCUCUCUCCUCUCCCUUACCGCUACCGCUAGACCCUGCAAAACCCUCUUUUUUUACACCACCACCACCUCCUAUUACCCCUCCACCACCACAACUGCCGCUUCCUUUCGUCAAAACCCUAACUUCGAAAUCCUCCCCAAAUUCCACUCCUAUUCCCCGAAAUUCUUGACUUUCUUCUUCACCACCGUCAACUCCCGCGAAGAAACUCGCCCCUAUGUCUCCUAUCUCUCCCUCCGUCGCACCCGUGCCAAUCCUUUUCCUCUCUAUUUCGAGGAAGUGCCAGCUGCCGAGGAGGAGAAGCAGCAGCGAUCGUCGGUGGAGUCGUCGGUGAUGCCGCUGGGGAUUUAUUCGUCGGUCUCCACGAGUUCGAUUAGAGAUCGGACUAAGGAUAUCAUGAGCGUUGUGGGCGCUUUGCUUUUCGGGGUGGGUUGUGGGGCUUUAACAGCUGCCACGAUGUUUUUGAUCUGGUCUUUGUUUUCGCCGCACCGUUUUGAUUUUGACGAUUCUGACGAUGACGAUGAUGGUUACGACAAUGGAGACGAUGUUGCUAGCCCUAAGAAGAUUGGAUACAUUGCUAUUCCAGGCGAUGUGGAUUUGGUGAAGAACAAGGAUUUCAAUUCCGUGCCGCAGAAAGAGGUUGCUUGA